AUGAAUAACAUCUUUAGACCUAAACAAAUCCACACAAUCACAAAACAUCCCAUACAACCCUCCCUUGAACCAACGUGUGUGAGUCAAGCCAUAUCUCAUCCCCAGUGGCGUGAAGCCAUGUCUAAUGAGCUCACUGCUCUUAUGAGACAUGGUACUUGGGAUUUAGUCCCCCCACCUAAGAAUUGUAAUCCUAUAGGAUGUAAGUGGGUGUUUAGAAUCAAAAGAAAAUCUGAUGGCUCAAUUGAUCGGUUCAAAGCAAGACUUGUGGCACAGGGAUAUAAUCAACGCCCUGGAUUGGAUUUUAAAGAAACUUUUAGCCCCGUGGUUAAACCAGCCACAAUAAGGUCCGUUUUAAGCAUUGCCGUAGUCAAUGGAUAG